AUGCCCUUCCAACGCUCUCGCCGUGCCAACCUAGCUCACCGGCCUCGACCAUCAACGGCCUGCCAUGUCACCAAAUCUCCUCAAGGCAAAGGAGCCGAUUGCAAGCGGGAAGAAGAUGGCUACAACGUCGAUGAUGCCAACUCCUUUCCGUAUGUGAAUACAUAUCCGUCUUCGUCGUCUCCAUCUUGCUGUGACGACAGCACAGACUGGGUCAUAGUCCAGACAGACGGUGCCCCACAAUCCAACUGCAGUGACGACCUGCACAGCUCCGGACCUGCGCAGGAACUGACGGCAACCAACGUUCAACUCUUCGAUAAUUUAAACAGCACUUCUGCCAGCAUUUGUGCCGCCGGUGAUAAUGAUGGCCGUCGCCGAUGCCACCGCCGAAGGCCAAAAUACCGCCGAGGUAGUGCCAAGACAAAUGCCUCCGUCGCUACGCGAGAGUCUCAUCAGGCUGAGAAUGAACAACAUCUUGACCCGUGGGCCCCGAUAAGCGUCGACUCUUAUGAGUUCGAUGUCUUUGCCGUUGGAGCAUGGGCAAUGGAAGGGGAGACUGGGCUAGAGCCAACAUACAACUACCCAAGAACAUUCUAA